UUUCCUUAAGUAACCAGUAGGUUUAUGGAUAGUUUCCUUUGAGUUAGUACUUUAAUGGUGAGUCUGGUGAGGCAGAACAUCAUGAUAAAGAGAAGAACUUGGGUGGCAACCUCCUGCCUAUGACACUUGUCAUCUUCUACUCAUAUGCUCUCACAAGUAAAUGAAUCAUUCUUAAUUUUGGAAAAAUUGUAAACGUCUGAGAACAUUGAAGCAUGCAGUCAUUUAUCAUCAAAGUUCGUCGGGGAGAUCGCAAUGGUCAUUCAGGAGGACAUGCUAUGAAAAAGAUCCGUCUAAACAAGUCUCAGCUUCAGAAGAGUAGCUCCUCCAACUCUGACCGGAUGAUCCAAGUGAUCUCAGAGAUCAGCGACCUCAUCAAGUUCAACGGCAUGUCCAAGCUGGCGUCGGUACCCCAGAAAAAUAUUGUAAAAUAUCGGACUAACGUUCAGCCUCGCACACUUUCGCAGAUCCAAAAUCUUCCUAACAGCAACGUAGUGACGAGUAUAACGAACAUUGAGCCUACCAAAGUAAAGAACUCUAUUAGCUCCUGUGUGGUCCCGCCUCUGCCAGUUAAUCAAGUCAGAUCAGUGAAUUCUAUUAACUCAAUUGCGAAGGCUCCGUGUGUCGCGUCUACUGCUUGGUCAGCCUCACCUGGAACUGCCACCAUCACUGUUGGCAACAUUCAACCGAAGACCGACUGCCAUUCUUCUGUAAGGACUGGGGCCAUAACUGUGGGUAGCAUUCAACCAAAAUCAGAUUGCAUUCUUCCUUCUGUAAAAACUGUUACUACCUCAUCUUCUGGCAUCUGUGUUAAAUCCAUCAUCUCGCCACAUGUGGUGACCUCGCAAAAUAACACUAAAGCUGCCACUAUUUUUACCACCUCAUCCAUUCAAAGGUCCAGUAAUUCGCUUAUUCACGAGAGCCAACCUCAUUAUACAAUUAAACUGAAAACUACUAAGAAUUCUAUUGGUUCACCCACGAUCACCUCCACCUCCUUCACGCCCAUCAAGCCUUCGGAUAGCAAACCUCCAAGUUUGAAUUUACACCGACCACAGCCCAUAUUCAUCAGGAAAGAUCUCAGUGUCAAGGAAAAUUCAGUGAGUUUGUUGAAUGAUGUAAAAAAUGAUGACAAGAGUGAUUGGGAUGAGGAAGAUUUCGAUGAAGAUUUUGACGAUGGAGAAGUAUCGAGUGCGCCUAUCAGAACUUUUUGUGUGAGCACAGGUUCUUGCAAGUCCAGUAGUAGGCCGUGCUUGGAUGCUGCUUGCUACAACAGGUACAACAAACACAGUAAACUUUUGAAUAUCGCCUCAGAUGCUUCAAGAUCACAGAAAAUCAAUGUCAUCGGCAAGAGCAGCUUCGUUCCUGUAAAUUUGGGAUCGCGGUGUCAACAAUCAGAAACUGGGAAGAAGGUGGAUGAAGUCAUUGAAGAGAUCCUCAGUCUGGAGGAAUCGCAAGGCAUCCGGCAUGUCGACUCCGCAUCAUACCAUAACAAUGACGUGCUUGGCUUGGGUCCAGACUCUACGUCUGGCAGCGACCUGACCAGAGUUAAGCUGGAGGAGCCUCACGUCGAGUCCGAGGGACAGAUGAUCGCCAUCAUCAAAGAGCGCCAGAAGAAAGACAACCAUAACAUGAUUGAGCGACGCCGUCGGUUCAACAUCAACGACCGCAUCAAGGAACUCGCGACCCUCUUGCCUAAAACACACGAGCCAUAUUUUGACCUUGUACGGGACCUGAGACACAACAAAGGCGAGAUAUUGAAAGCGUCCGUAGACUACAUCCGCCGCAUGAAGUCUGACCUGGACGCCAGCAAAGAAUCGGAUGCCAAGCGUCGUGCCUUGGAGCAACAAAAUAGACAAUUGCACCUCAAAAUACAGGAACUGGAGGCCCGACUCCGUCAAAGCGGCAUCAAUGUUGAAGAAACAACCCUGUGUCCAAGUCUGAUACCUUCUCUUAUCAGUGCAGACUGUCAGCCGCAGUCUCAACAGAUGCUAAAAACCGAGAAUGUCAAAAAUAGCAUUACUCCCAGAAGUAACCUCUGCACCAACAAUGCUUCAACCAAUAACAACGCUCUUAAUGUGAGCUGUGCGAACACCUUGAGCAAUCAAAACUUUAACUCAAACGACACCUCUAACACUAUGUUUUCUUGCCAUUUUAACGUUAAUAUUAGUAGCGCCAGUAGUCCAAAACAAAAUUCCUGCAUGUUUAAUGAUAAUAAUAGCAAUAUUACUCAAAUGGACAAUAACUGUUCCACGAGUCAGAGUAAUAAUUUUCCCUUCGAAUCCGAUAGCACAGCAGGGCUUUCGACUUGUAAUAACUCGGUUACCUCUAAAGAGAAUGAUUGCAAUUAUAAUUCUGAUCCUGAUUCAGAUUUUAGUACGAUUAAUUUAGAUGCAAUGGAUGGAUUAUGUAACAGCGGACUGACGUUCAAUCCUAGCUUAGAAAACUCAAUGCAUACUUCGUCAGUAUGCAGUCCUCGAGUAAGUUCCUCGAAUCUCAGUCCCAUAGGAAGAGAUUUCUUAAGUCCCGAUCACUAUUCCGCGGUACCUGAUCAUAGCCCGGACAACCUGGACCUAGGGUGCUCAGGACACAACACCCCCACGAGUAACUACAGUCCUAACAUGCACGAUGAUCAGUUCUCGAGCACCAUUGUUGAUCAUAAUCUCUUAAUGCCUUCAUCGGAUUUGCUCACAAGAACUCUUACACCCGACGACAUAACAAGAGAAGCUCUCACACGCGACGCGCUUUCUUCGGACGACUUAACACCUGAUGACUUGACGCCGUUGUUCCCCGCGUCUGACCACCUUCUCGGAGCGCAAUGCAACGAUGCCUCGUCCAAGUCUCAUUAUGAGGACACAACGUGUCACUAUGACGACACCUCCUGUCACUAUGAGGAUAAUACGUGCAAUGAUCGAUCCUCCGAUAGUCUUCACAAUGACAAUCGGAAGGUGAGACCUUUCCAUUGCCUCUACGAAUCCGAGUGCGAUGACGACAUGAGUCUUAUCAAUGAGUUGCUGCAAGACCUCAAUGCGCAUCCAUUCGAACUGGACCUGAUGGAAGACGACCCGGUAUCAGGAGUGUACAGCUGCGACCCCUUGUUCUCUUCCCCUCAAGUGCCAUCCACUCCGUACGACUCCCCGUCUUCACUCCACGAAUCGCUGUCGCCAGACUCCAUGGAUAUUGUGUCGUAAAUUCCCAAGAUCAGAGAGGAGAACUCGGACAUUAACCCUUUACCUUGGGAUGCAUUCAACGCCGUCUAUGCUAUUCGUACCUAAUGGCUUGGGAACGAGAUGGCCCGUCAGUACACAACGGGUUAAUUGGUCCCGAAAUUAUGUCUACAAGUGAUCUGUUGAGUUCCUACUGAUUAUGGUGAUCAUAUUUAUGUACUUUAGCUUUCAAGCUUAUCAUCUCCACGUUAAUAUGAGGAUUUGAGAGUAAAGAUCAGCUAAUAAAAUCACAAUUUUUGGGUCAUUGAAGCACGAUUCUACUGGCCCCUCAUGUUUCUGAAAUUUUCGUUUUAAGAUCUCCUUGACAUUGUAUAUGUUAUUUACUUCUCCCAGGUAUAUUUAUGGUAGGUAUUUUAAUAUCACAACAUUUAUGUUUAUUGUUAUGUUGCAGAUGAUCCCUCCAUGAUAAAUAGUUACUUUUAGGGCGCUGCAUGCAUUUUUAUGAUUCAUGGUGCCUUUUCCUGAAUACUUUCAGGUCUAAUCUAUUAUGUAACGUAUAGUAUGUAAUUAUUCUUGUUACAGUGAAUUAUCCCAGGAAAAUAUUUUCUUAUGUUUAUCAACAUUUUUUAUCGUUAUUUUACUUCCAAGUGUAGUCGUAUUAACUCAACAGAAUAUUUUCCAACCUUCAGAAAGCCACUCGUCUGAAGCAGCAAUCAUGUUUGAGCACAGCGCCCCAUCGAUAUUUCCGACAUUGCAUACUUCUUAUUGAGACUUUCUGACAGCAGUAAUUGAGCCUUAUCAAUAAUCGUGCAACUCUCAGUGGAGGGGUAAUAUUGUUCAUGAACAUUGAAUGAGGCAACCGUUGCCUGAGACUAGCGGGGAGAACUCCCGUAUUACAUAAUAUGCCUUGGUCAUGCUUCUGUAUUUUAUCCCCUUAGAUGGUUACGAUUGCAUUUAAAUUUAGACUGUUCCCUGGAUAGUUGAGUAGCGUUGUUGUAGUAAUGUUGUCGAUAUCUUUUUGGAACAAGUCAGUUUGUUGAUACCUUUACCAGUGCUGUGAGUUAUAUAAUAUACUUCUAUUUUAUUUUCCGAACGUAGACGAUAGUUGCAGACAAGGCAUCUUCCAUCUUAAAUGCAAUUAAGUGUAAAUACAAAAAAAUAUGUAUUUAACUGGCUGAUAAUGGGUAGCAUCAGGAAAAAAGAUUUCAUUUUUCUUAUUUUAAAAAUGCUAUUCAGUAAAAAAAAUCUUU